AUGGACUCUGAAGCCCAAGUCUACAAACCGUAUUUCCCGAGCUACGCAAACAUCCAACGACGUCGUCAGAACCAUCAUGGCCAGCCCGGAAGUACAGCUCCAGACCAGUACCUCUGGGGCCCUGGUGAGGGCCAAGGAGUGCGUGAUGUAAGCGUUCGUUUCAGGAUGGUCAUCAAAGUUGAUGCUGGUAUAGAGAGCGCCCUGGCACUGGAUGACGAGCUGGUUGUUGCCACGCGCAAACCAGGCGCCAUCCAGUGUAUCCGCUGGACCCCGGACCAGAGCGGAAGCCAGACUAAGACAGAGAUCAUCAGUCGAAUGGGAUGGCUAGAAAAAAAGAUAACCGUCAUCGAGAUGACCCACGAUCGGCCUAUGAACCUGUCAACCUGGACCACCAGUGACGGCAAGGUCUAUGCAGUCCAGCGGCUUCAUCCUCGCGAAGAGGCCGACCCAAAGAAGCUUUUCAAAGGAUAUUGCUUCCACACGCCCGCUAAAUCGGAGGAGUCCGCCAUAAAAGCAGUCAUCAAUGCAAGAUUCUCAUUGAUUGCUGUAGGUUGUGCAGAUGGGUCCAUCCGUGUUUACUCGGCUCGAGAUUAUGCUGGCAAUAUUCCUCCUUCGCAUACACACACCAUUCCAGUGUCAACAACGGUUUCUGGUUCACUCACGACUCUUAGCUACUCACCUGACGGCUACUGUUUGUUUGCUGGAUAUGAAAGCGGCUGGGCUACAUGGAGCGUCUACGGGAAGCCGGGCAGCAACAGUUUUGGCGCGCACGAUGCUAUCAUUGAGGCCAAUGGCGAAAACUGGAUUUCUGGCAUUGGAGACGCCGUCUGGCUCGGCAGCGGUUCGGAGAUCCUCAUUACGCAUCGCAAGCACGAGGCGAUUUGGGUGCUGGAAAUGGCGAGAAGCGCAGUCGUUGGCAACUACAACGCUGCAAAUCUCAUGCGAACCGUUUUGCAGACAAGUACCAACGUCAUGAUAUAUCGCGGAUAUGACCUACCAGAUCUAGCCAGUAUCUCUGCGGAGCCGCACCUGUGGCACACAACUAAAGUGCCCUCAGCCUAUUUACUUCAGCAGUGGCCCAUCCGCCACACUGUCAUUUCACCAGACGGUCGAUACGUUGCUGUGGCCGGGCGCCGAGGAUUGGCUCACUAUAGUGUCAACAGUGGUCGGUGGAAAACGUUUGCCAACGACGCCAUGGAAAAUGAGUUUCAGGUUAGGGGUAGUAUGUGCUGGUAUCAGCAUAUCCUCGUGGCUGCCGUUGAGGCUAAUAAGUCGCACGAAUUGCGACUCUACUCGAGAGAAACGGCGCUCGACAACUCUCAAGUGCUUCACACGGAGCGAUUACCAGCUCCAGCAGUUUUAGUGACUACUUCAGGAGAGGACUCGUUACUUGUGUACACCUACGACAACCUACUCUACCACUUCAUUUUCGCGCCCACCAACGGUUCGAUUAGAUUGGUUCAGCUAGGACAGAUCGCAUUCCAUGGCAUCGUGCGCUCGCCUGCAAGAGUCCGCGGUCUGAGCUGGAUUUUGCCAGACAGCCAACUCGUUGACGGUGAUCCGUCGCAAGAUGUUGCCGUGGCGUCUGUCCUAUUCCUAGUAGAUGCCAAGUUGGUAUUGCUACAGCCCUCAUUCAAUAGCGAGGGCAAUUUGAAGUACGACAUGAAAGUCAUCGCUCAAAACGUUGAAUUUCAUCGACGAGACAUCAGCUUCUCCUUCUUCCGCUUCGCCAUUCGAGUCGACACAUUUAUUCUUGCCUGA